AUGUGGGCGUCCCGCUCCCUGGGCUGCCGGCUCUGCUCCCGCGCGGACCUCUGUCGCUGCCACCCCUCCCGCCACUCGAUACCGUGCACCGAUCGCACAGUCGCAUUUGGGAACGACCACGCGCGGCGCUCCUCCGGGGGUCCCGUGGCCCAGCACGCCGGGGCGCAGCCACUUCGAGAAGGCUCUGGGCCGCAGGAACCGGCGCCGGAAGAGGAGACCGUGACGGUGUACUUCAGGCAGGAGGACACGUUUCUGUGCGCCAAGCCUGGGGACAACAUCCUGGAGGUGGAGGUAACAAAGUACAGGAGCGGUGUGACGGACCCCAGGCCAGUUGUCGUCCGUUCCUGCGUCGCCUGCAUCCCCCCAGGCUACAAGCUCAUCGAGGUGGACGAAGUCAGCGAUCCCAUAUGGGGAGUGGAUGGCAUGGAUUUGUGA